AUGAAGAGUGUGUGUGAUUCCAGGCUUGGGGCAGCUCGUCUCGAUCUUUGGGGUGGCAGGUCAGUCAUUUGGGAUACACCGAGUCCUCCUCCAGCAGCUAAGAUGCAAUUCUUCACCGCGAGUGGUAAAUCGAUGUUAUGCAAUGUGCGUCUACGCACACUGGACUUGCGCAGCACCAGGGGCCUCACCUUCUUCUACAUUAGGUCUUCUCUACGGGCUAUUCAUUCUCACACGUCUCGCUUCCCCACUGCGUUGACGACAUACGCUCGUUUGUCUGAACUCGAUCGAAGGGAUGUGGUUUGGGUACAUGUCCCCAUCGCACCCAAUGAUCGGAUUAUCGGAUUAGGUAUACGGACAAGUGGCAUGGAAGAUGAUUUCACUUCACCUUCUGUUCUGAGGAAUGCUAUUUGGGUACGAGGAUGGGGCCCAGAGGUUGAAUGCUCCAGCGGCACAGACGAGCAUCAUCACAACGACAGUGGUGAGCAUAUGGUCUGCGUACCCAUCAAAGAAUACCUCGAUUGCCACUGGGAUGACCGAUGGACUCGACUGGAGAUACAGGAGCAUGCCCCUGAAGCGGUUGCGGCAAUAAUGCAAGUGGAUAUGAACGGCAGAAAUCCCCUCGAAUUCACGGUAUAA